AUGAAGGACGAAGGCGAACUGAGAAUCACCUAUGAAGAGAAGGACCGGCUGCAGAAGGCAUUCAGGCAGCACGAGUUUCGAGCUCUAUUUGAUGACUACUUCGAUGAAGUUUCAGAUGAGAAGUAUCGAAAGGAUAAGGAGGAGUACCUCUUUAGCUUAUACUUCAAUGGGGAGCUCAAGAAGAACCAAAUUGUUAUCGAGCCCACUGUAGCCUUCUGCGUCAAGACCAAAAUUGUGUAUUCGAAUCAGACGCAGCAGAAGAUGUUCCUGAAUAUCUGUUCACACGAGGGGAUGCACUGUAUCUCCUUUGAGGGUGAUGGGGGCGGCAAAUUGAGCAUCCCCUACUCCCUUUCGCAGAUGAGGCCAGACAAGACCGGAAAAGGCGAGUGCUGCCUCACCGUCGACUGUUGCACGAACCCCUCCACCAUAGACGCCGUGAGGACGCACAACGAAAUUCUGAAUUACCUCCUUGAGAACGUAUGCAUGAACAUCGAAAAAAAUGUACUAAAAGACAAAGAAAAGAUAAGCCGAGAUUUUAAAAUAUCGAAGGGGAUGGUGUGUAAAGGAGGAAAGCCUUUUGUCAUGUGCAUUAAUAAGGAGUUUUUAAGGCCCUCAGUUGUGCUGGAUGUGGAGAAGAAGCUAGAGGUUAUGAGGAAUAAGUUCGAAAGGGUGAAUGACACCACGACGCCCUCGAAAAUGGAGAAGCUUACGGUCGGAAGUAAAGUAAAGACGGAGGUGCACGUGAGGAAAGAGCAAGAGGAGGAAAAGAAUCACCAGGGGGAGGAAAAGAAUCACCACGAAUCUGCAAACGAUAGCCACCUAGAGCUCAUUACACACUUUAGCGAAUCCGUAAAAAGGUGCAGGGAAGGCAAAGACGAGAUGGAACGCACAAGGAAGACGCAAUUUUUUAUCACCUACCAAGGGUCCAUAAACGCAGCUUCUUUAUGGGGACAAAACGAACAUCCCAAUGUGUGCAUAAGCUUACCAGAGAAAAUCAAACUUUCGAUAUGCACCAAGGGGUUCGUAACGAGUGAGAACAUAUUGCUGCAGAUUGGGAAGAAAAGGGUAGAGGUCAAAUUUGUGAACUGCCAUGAGGAUGACGUGGUGGCUGAUCUGCCCUACCCAUGCAACGUGGAGGGCUACUCCUGCAUCAUAGGAAGGGACAAGAAAAAAAUCGAAAUUUACCUAAACCUUUGCGAAGAGUUCGUUCAGACGUAUGCCAAGAGUUUGUAUGAGAAGUAUUUCUCCAGCCAGGGGGCGGAGGUGCACGUGGCAGAGCUGGACUACAUCGACGACGUCCUGCGGGGUUACGAGUUGGAGGGGGGGGCGAAGACGGCGAAGGCGGCGAACGUGGAAAAUGAGGAAAAUGUGGCAAAUGAGGAAAAUGUGGCAAAUGAGGAAAAUGUGGCAAAUGAGGAAAAUGUGGCAAAUGAGGAAAACGUGGCAAAUGAGGAAAACGAAAAUGUGGCAAAUGAGGAAAAUGUGGCAAAUGAAGAAAACGUGGCAAAUGAGGAAAACGUGGAAAAUGAGGAAAACGUGGAAAAUGAGGAAAACGUCCCCAACGGGGCGGGCGGCCCCAACUUGACGAACGAGGCCUUGGCCCAGGUGCAGUUCGGCGAGCAAGCCACCACGUGCAACACCUGGGAAAGGCAGCAACCUCAUGAGGAGUUCCCAUCAGGGGAGGAAAAAACGAAGCAGCACACGAGCAGCCUAGGAGAAGAGAGGAUCCAUAAUGUCUUAACCCAAUUCGAGGAAAAGCAACUUUUUGACCGCUCCCAAGAUGGGAGGAAUAUGAAAAGGGAACUCCUUCCCGCUGAUGAGUCCGAGUGUACAUGGGAGACGGCAGAAAUAAAUGUGACGGAUAAGAGGGCGCAAUUUUCUGAGGUAGGAAAAAAGCAUGGGGAAGGAAAACAAAAGGAACACUUUCAUUGCGCGUUGGAAAAGAGAGAAGGCUCACUUGAGGAGGGGAAAAGUAUGUCCUCUGAUUAUGGCAAGAUAGAAUUCGUCAAUGACGAGGCUACCGUGGCUACCGUGGCAACAAAUGGAGUGGCCCCCAAGAGCGUGCAGUCAUCGCCUGGAUUGGCAGACAGACAUGUGGAAAGGAAAGCAAACAAACUGAUCGAGGAACAUCAAAAAAGUGAAAUGCUCACCUGUGAAGUGGACCCUAAUGGAGGCCAGCCUUUCCUGGACAUGCAAAUGUACGAGAAUAUGGACAUGGUGGGAGCCUUCUCGUGCCGCUUGUGGGCGGCGUACUUGUGA